CGAACCGCCAUCGAGCAUCGACAGAAAUGUGGAAAAAAUCAUAAUCGUUGUGGGAGCUUUUGUGAAUUUGCAAAUAAAAUCAGUUAAGUUUACUGUAACAUAUAUCAUUGAAACACCAAUCAAUUUGUGUAAUUCAGCUCCUGAGCUUAUGAUAAAACAGUUCUAAAUUUUUGCUCAAUUGAAAAAUAUUGAAAUAAAUUAAAUAUUAGAAAAUUGGAAAGUGAAAAAAAUGUUUAAAACAAAGAAGGAAGUAGAUCUUCAUGUGCGCACUGCAUUGGCAAAAUUACGUUCGGAAAAUGAGAAAAAUCUACGUAGCUUUACCAUAGCAAAGUUGUACUUCAAAAUCAACGAAUAUUCAGCUGCCGAACAGUACGUAUCAUCAUAUCUGACCAUCAAGGAUGACAACGAUCAAGCCCAUAAAUUGCUUGGCCAAUGUUAUUUGCAUCAGAAGAAAACCAGCAAAGCUCUUGAAGCAUUCCAACGUUCGUUACAACUUAAUCCCAAGCAACCAGACCUUCUUGGUGAAGUUUGUCAAUUAUUACUCGACGAUAAAUCAUUGAACACUAAUAAAGCAAAAUACUGGUGUGAUCUAGCUGAAUCUGAAAAAAUUCAACAUGAUGCUGUUUUUAGUUUGCGUCUCAAACUCAUGAAUAAAGACAAUCUUGAGAUCAACCAAGUUGAACAAUUUAUCCAGAAAGAGAUUUCAUCACGGCCACAGGAUGUUAAUUUACGCAUACGACUUGUGCGUCAUUUAAUUGAACAGAAUAAAGUUCUUGAAGCUUUUCAGAAUACUUACCAACUGGAAAUGGUUAAUCAUGGUAUGUUGGCCCAAAGUGCCGAAUGGUACAAUGUUAUGUGGCUUGUACUAAGCAAGUAUGAACAAAUAUCAAAUGCAAAAAAAGACUGGCAAUUCUGGUUGUUGGUUAUAACCUGCUUGGAGCGACAAGUACACUUAAGUUUUACUUCAAACUCGAAUUUACCCAAUAAUGGCAGCACUGAGACGGCUAAUUUGCUCUUUAGCUUUGAUCAAUAUUUGUAUAAGGUCUCUCAGAUUAUUUAUACUUUGAAUCAGCAAAAAGAGUUUGUGACACGCUUCAUGGAACACUAUCAGGGUCAACUGUGCUUACAUGCUGCUUCAUUGAUAUUCAAAAGGGAGUUAAUUCAAAAUAAAAACAAGUGGAAGGAAACAAUUAAAACUUCCCUUCCUUUGUUAUUGUUAGCCUUUCAAAGUACAAGGCCGGAUUCUAAGGAACAAUGGAUGAAACACUGCGACGAGCAUGGUACACUUCUUCUUCAACAAUGGAAUAGGGAAGGAGCUUUUAGAUGUGUUCAGGCUGGACGAACACUUGUUGCUUGUAUAGAAGAGAACAAUGAAAAUAAUAAUCAAUUUAAUAACAUGAUUGAAAACGGCUCCCCCUGGACUACGUCCGAGGCGUUAGUAAGUCAAAUUCGCCAGCUUUGCACUGAUAAGAACUGGCGUCGAGGUAUCUUUGGACAGCUUUUCUGCAACAGCGAUCAAAAAGUCAAAGAAAGCACCUCACAUUUAAUCAAAUGUGCCAAAUUAUCGGAACCCAUUUACGAACUGCCCACCUAUGCCGAGUUGGAACAAUAUGAAGAAGCGGCUCAGUACUUAAAUCCACAAUCUUUACAACACAUGGUUUAUCUUUGUUUGGGAAAUGAUAACUUGGCUAAUGUAAGAGUAAAAUUCUUUAACGGAUUGAAUUUCUCGACAAAUAAUUUGUCCUUCUGUGGGGCAGAAACUCUCAAUCAACUCGAUAUUGAAACAUUUCUCUAUGCAGCAACAUUGCAAUUUAAGAGUCUUCUUGAGAUGGAACGUAAAGCUCAUGAAUGCUACCAUCCAGGUAUUGUGGCCAAACCAAAGAUUCUGCCAUUUGUGAAUAUCCAAAACAACAUGUGCACCGAUGAUCAAAUUAGUUGGUGGAUGGCCGCCUAUCAAGUGUAUAAAAAUCUCGCCAACGAUAACUUAUCUGAAAUUCGUGCAACCUUACAAUACGGAAUAGAAGCACUGAGAGGCAUAAAUGGACCUAAAAUUGAUUUGCUGAUAAUUUUUAAACUGGGCAAGAUUUUUGAAAAUCGUGCUGUCGACAUAAGCAAACCGGUUGAGAAGGGAAUGGUUGAAGCUAGAGCUGAGAAUUUGUACAAGUGUGGCUUAAGUAUGCUUAAAAUGAACAAUAAGGGAGUAUUGGAACCAUUUAAAAGAUAUUUUACUUAUGCCAAUGCCAAAAGCUCCCCGGCCGAACGGGAAAUUUCCGUGUUGGCUGAAGAAGCGGUGAAUUUCUUAGCAGUUAAAUACUUUAAAAAAUCCGAAUAUGAGGAGUUGAUUGACGAAUUGUCCGGCAUUCAACUUCCAUUUGCAACUUACUUUAAAUCGGAAGCCUAUCGCAGAUUAGAUGAAGCUAUGAAAACACCGAAAAAAAACAAACGUGUGUAUUUGGACAAAGCAAGCGAGUGUCUUAACCAAACGCUGCAGUUGUUGAAGAGCAACCAAGUUGAUCCCAAUCACCCUCUGAAUGCUGUUAUUUCGUAUGAGUUAAAGAAUCUACAACAAAGUAAGACUAAGUUCAUGAAUGAACAAAGCAACAACAGCAGUUCCUACGAAGAUGCAGAGACAGAAUUUGGAAUCGGUGAUUCGACUCCACAAUACAAUGCCAGCAAUCGAUCACGUCGUGAAAAUUCAAUUGUCUCGCCGCGAACAAUCGAGCUGGAGAAUAUGGUUAAGCAAAUAUCAAAUAUGAUGAGUUCUGUCAAAAAAGAGAUUGUUGAUAAUAUUAAGCCAGAAGUUCUAGAAAUUCAUACUCAAUUAAAAGAUAUUAAAGAGAGGUUAUGUUUGAUUGAAGAGAACAUGCCAAAAAAGUCGAUUACGCCAAGUCGCGAUGAGGACGCAUCAAAUGUCUUAGAUGAUUUGUAUAUCAUAGAAGAUGAAUUGCAAAAUCAAAUGUAUUCAAAUCAACAACAUAACCAGCAGCAACAGAUGAACAUGUAUGGACCAGGGCCAACAUAUUCACAGCAACAUCCCGUUGGUCAAAGGUUGCAUACCCCAACUGCUGCACCUUCGGGGGGUGUUGUUAAUGUUCCAGGGGCAGCAGCCGGAAUGAAUCCAUACAAUAGUCCUUUGUAUGGUAAUUUUGCCAUGAACUAUUAUGCUCAGCAGCUUAUGAUGCCACCACAGCUGCCUGCAGCACCUGUUAUGGGAACACAUACAUCUCAAUUACCUAAUCGAAAUAACUUGGGACUAUCGUACAUGGAUACUGCAAUGAACUUCAAUAUGCCGGGACUAAAUCCAUCAAUGCUGAUGUCCACAACUCCUGAUUCAAGAACAUCGAACCUGUUUGGACUGCUUAACCAAAACACUUCUCAACAACCACAGUUGGGUCCUUCUAUUCAACAACAACAACAACAACCACCUCCAAUUCAAUCAGCACUACCUGCAACUCCCUUACAAUCCAUUAAUUUACAACCUAAAAUCCAGCCAUCUGUUCCGCAAAUAGUUCCAUCAAAUAUCACUGCUCCACCGUCGGUUCCUCCAAUAACAUUCAACAAAUCACUUAACAAUGCGCCAGUGGAAAAAGGACCACCAGUAAAUGUUGUUAUAACUUCUUCUGAUCCACUACCUACCACAAGUGCUAGCAUGCAACCACAACCAACUUUAAGUGUAACAAUUCCAUCCCACCAUAUUAAGCCGAGCUUGGUGUCCACAAACGACCUUCCAAAGACACAACCGGCAAAUACAAGCUUCCCGAUGAUGGGACCAGUUUCUUCGACAUUGACAACUGCAGCCUCGAUGACAUCACCGUUCACCAUGAAAUUCCCAACACCUCUAACAACAACAACGACCUCAACAACAAUAACCACAGGCAGCCCAAUAUCGUUCAGUUUUAAACCACCACCACCGACACAGAAUAAUACUGACAGUUUGAAUAAAACAAACGAAAGUAAUUCCUCUGAUUUGCACGAAAUAGAAUAUGACCCACGACCGGACUUCCAGCCUAUCAUUCCACUUCCAGAUGAAAUAGAAGUUAAAACUGGAGAGGAAAAUGAGGAAGUAAUGUUUUCAUCGCGAUCUAAACUUUUCCGAUUUGCGGAUAAGGAAUGGAAGGAACGCGGUGUUGGAGACUUGAAGAUCCUCAAAAAUAAUGAGAAUGGAACUUCCAGAAUUUUGAUGCGACGCGAUCAAACUCACAAAAUCUGUGCCAAUCAUCGCAUAACAAGUGAAUUAAGUUUGACAAAACCAAAAGCCACAGAUAAAGGUUUUAUAUGGGCUGCUAAUGAUUUUGCAGAUGAAGAAUUGAAGCUAGAAAAAUUCUUAGUUCGUUUUAAGCAUGUCGAAACAGAAAAACAAUUCGAAGCUGCUUUUAAUGUUGCUCGCGAUGAAGCCAGCCAGUUAUCGUCGAAAGCUACAAGCGGCAAUAUAGAUUUAAAACCUAAGCCUUUCGGCUUGUCUAAGACAUUUGCCGAUAACAAGACCAGCACACCAACACAGAAUAAAAAUUCCAAUGCCAAUGUUAAUGCCAAUUCGAAGAUAUCCGCCCCUCCCAAGACAUUAUUCGAAGGAUUGUCUGCAAAGAAAACCGAGGAACCAAAAACCCAAACAUCAUCACCGUUUUCAAACUUUUCCUUUGAUAAAACUAACUUCUCCGGAGAACCAAAGCCAUUUGCAAAUUUGUUUGCUAAUAUCAAUACCAAUGUAAGUUCUUCACUAACUCCAACAACCUUUAGUGAACUUCCCAAACAAGCCGAAUCGAAGCCAGACACUCAUAACAAAUCCGACAAUGAAGAUGAAUAUGUUCCAACAGCUCAAUUCCAACCAGUCAUUCCACUGCCCGAUCUAGUCGAGGUGACAACUGGUGAAGAAAAUGAGAUUGUACUCUUCGAGCAUCGAGCGAAGUUACUGCGCUUUGAUAAGACUGCUAGCGAAUGGAAAGAAAGAGGAAUAGGUAACAUCAAGGUCUUGCACGACAAAAACGAUAUGAACAAUGUAAGAUUGGUGAUGCGUCGUGAAAUAAUUCAUAAGCUCUGUUGUAACCAGCGUUUGUAUAAGGAUACCAGUUUUAAAUAUGCCAAGAAUUCAAAAACCGCUCUCAUGUGGGCUGGACAGGACUUCUCCGAAAAUGAACUACAAGCUGAGACCCUUAGCAUUCGCUUCAAAACACCUGAAACUUGCGCACAGUUUUUGGAUGUAAUAACUGCAGCUCAAACUAAAAUGAGCACUGCAGCAAAUGAGGAAAACGCAAAGAAUGAAGAACCUAUGAAGACGAUUGCUGCACCUGCAUCUGCACCAGUCGCAGAAAAGGGUUUCGGAGACAAGUUUAAGCCAAAAGCUGGAUCAUGGAAUUGCGAUCAGUGUUACACUUCAAAUACAGCUGAAAAGCUUUAUUGUGUUUCCUGCGAGGCACCUAAAGAUGAUACUGUUCCGAAAAAAGGUAUUUUAGGAACAUCAACAACAACAACGUCAACAAAGCCAGCCUUUAGUUUUGGAUUCGGCAAUUCAGCCGGCAUAAAUGCAUCGAAAUCAUUUGUAGCUACUGAAGCGAUGGAAUCAGCUAAACAGCAAGUUGCACAGCCUCCUACUUUAGGAUUUGGUAAUAAAUUUAAACCAAAAGAGGGUUCAUGGGAGUGUGAGCAGUGUUACACAUCCAACACUGCCGAUAAACUAUAUUGUGCUGCAUGUAAUGAUCCAAAAGAUAAAACAUUGCCAAAGAAAGAAACAAAAUCACUGCUUCCAAGUGGUGAGGUUAAAUCUGAAUUUAAAUUUGGCUUUUCAACAACAACAACAACAACUCAGAAACCAGAGUCAAGUACAGUAGGAUUUGGAGAUAAAUUCAAACCUAAAGCAGGCUCAUGGAUAUGUUCAGAAUGUUAUCUAACGAACAUUAGUGACGAUUUGUACUGCAAGGCAUGUAACAGUCCAAAGGACUCAACUGUGCCUAAAAAAGAACCAGUAAACAUUUUAGCUCCAUCGAAUCCUUCAGCCAAAUUUACUUUUGGUAUUCAACCAGUCGGAAAUACCGGACCUGCUGCGAAAACUGAAACACCAACGUUUAGUUUUGGAAAAGCUAACCUUGGCGAGACUGGAGUUAGUGUAAGUGGUGGAUUUAAAUUUGGAAUUCCACAGGACGAAGAAGCUGGCAAAAAUACUACAACGAACAUCUUUGGGUCAUCUACUUUUGCCAACUCCGUCUCGACGAAUGAGCCUAAAUCAUUUUCAUUCUCGCCUGCAACAACCUUUUCAAACGAUUCAACUAGUUCAACGGUUACAACAACAACAACAACUGGCACCAUUUCAAAGUCAACCUUUGGUUUUACUUUGCCAUCACAAACAAUUGAAUCUAAUGGCGGAGACAAGACGGCAUCUGUUGGAAGCUCAUUUUCCUUAGAUAAAAAAGACUUUAGUUUUGUAUUAAAGCCCAAGAGUCCUGGUAAAGGCAAGAGCCCUCAAAAGCCCAUUAAUUCACCCGUUGAUGCGGCCGACGAAGAUGAUGAUGGAGUUGCGGAAGAAGAAGAAAAUAAUACUUACUUCACUCCAGUCAUUCCAUUGCCAGAUAAAAUUGAAGUAAAAACCGGUGAGGAAGACGAAGAGGUCGUCUAUUCACAUCGUGCUAAAUUAUUUAGAUUUACCGAGGGCGAGUGGAAAGAGCGCGGUCUUGGUGAUGUUAAAAUUUUACGGCAUACACAAACAAAAAAACUGCGAGUUGUAAUGCGACGUGAACAAGUUUUGAAAAUUUGCCUUAAUCACGCACUAAAUGAGGAUGUAAUUUAUAAGAACAAAGAUGAAAAGUCGUGGUUAUUUGUUGUAAACGAUUAUAGCGAGGGUGAUGUUGAAUUGAAUCAGUUCUGUUUGAGGUUUAGGAGCAAAGAUAUUGCAGAUGCAUUUAUGAAAGCGGUCAAUGACUGUCUUGAUGAUUUAAAGAAAACAACAACAUCAUCGACCGAGGAACAGGUGCAAGAAAGUGAUGUAAGUUCAUCAAAUCUGCAAAACAAAGAAAUUAAUAUUUCGGAUGAAAGCAAGAGAAUAGCCGAUAGACUUAUGUUACCCUAUAGUUUCUUUGAUAUAACAUCGAUUGUGGCCUGUCCAGGAUGUCGAGGAUGUGAUCCGGAUAAUUUUGUUUUCCCCAAUUAUCCAACUGUAUCAAAUUCAAAAGAUUCUCUUCCCCUAAACAUGAAUAAUUUAUCAUUAUCAAAACCAAAAUAUAUCAUUCCUAAACCAAGUAAAUUUGGCAAUGAUUUUUCUGCAACAACAAAAACCGAAACGGCCAUCUCUGAAGGCAACAGUAUUUUUGGGAGCAAACUUUUUGGUAAUUCUACAAUAACGCAAAAUGAAAAACCCACAAUAGGAAAUUUUUCAUUUACACAAGCUAUGAACAGCACUUACAAACAAAAUGAAACACCAGCAGUGUCUGGUGGUAACAUAUUUGGCGGUCAAGAAGUUACUGGUGGAUCAAAUCUUUUCGGAGGGAAAACUACUUUUGGAAGUUCUUCUAUACUUGGUGGAACAAAUACACAAUCAAAUGGCACAGGUCUAUCACUGUUUGGCAAUAGUAUGAAUACAAUGAAGCCAGUUUUUGGAAGCACAUUGUUUGGUGGGCAACAACAACAGCAAAUAGGCCAAUCAAAAAUCAAUACAACUGAAGGUGUUACAGACAAUUUAAAUAAGCCCAAAGCGACUUUUGGUGAAUCAGUUCCUUCAUUGUUUGGCUCAAAACCCAUUGGUGAUUUUCAAAAACCGCAAGAACAAACAAAUUUGCAAGAAUCUACCGUCGAUUCCUCAUCGAAAGAUGUGCUCGGUGGUCUCCUUUCAGCUAGCGCAAAUGCAUUAUCAUUCCAAGCAUUGGCCAAACAAUCCCAAGCAGCACCAGUUACACAACCAUCACAAGGUUUUAUUGGCUUAACACAUACGAAUGCAUUCAGCAGUUUUAAGAACGUAUCUGAAGAAGAUGAACAUGAUCCACAUUUUGAGCCAAUUAUUGCAUUACCCGAUGAAAUAACUGUAUCAACAGGCGAAGAAGACGAAGACAAAAUUUUUGGAGAAAGAGCAACACUUUAUAGAUUUGAUCAAGACAAAAAAGAAUGGAAAGAAAGAGGCAUUGGUGAAUUAAAAAUCCUGCAACAUAAAACAAAAGGCACCUACCGCAUGGUCAUGCGACGUGAACUAAUUUUCAAACUCGUACUAAACCACGCAGUCGGGGCGGACUUCUCCUUCAAUCAAAUGGGUCCAAAGGCCUACAUCUGGGCUACUUUUAACUAUGCCGAAGAAGCUGAAGGAGUUUUAGAAAAACUAUCUUGCCGGUUCCGCAAUGAAGAUGUUGCAAACAAAUUCAAAGAUGUAUUACAAAAAUGCAUAGAUACGGUCAAAAGCCGGGUCGGAGGACAACAAGAAGACUAAAACUUUUAUCAUGUUAAUUAUAAAUUAAAAUAUUAAACUUAAAAUAUAACUAUUUUAAAACAAAAUGAUUGAAAACCUCCAAAUUUAAUACUUAUUGCAUUCGAAAAAAGAAUCACCCGAUAUUAAUUUAUUUGUCCUAUUUAAAAUUGAUAUUGUUAUUUUCCAAUUAGAUGAACACGUUAUUAAUGUUUGAUUUCGUAAAAAGAAAAAACGGUCGUUACAACUAGUUACAGUUUACUUACCUAUUUGUUAUUUUCUUGUAUAAAUUAAAGUUUUCAUAAGAAAGCAAGGUC